CGCUUGCUCAAUGUCCCGGAUGUACCUACAUUUUAGUAGAGGAACAAAAAAUGGGCUCAUUAUCAAGCUUCACCAAACCGUUUAAAUUAUCCCCACACACGAUUAUUGUACAUGUAUGAGGACCAGGCCGCAGUUCUGAGCAGAGUCCACGUCCAUAGUCUCCGUGUCUGUAAAGUGAUUCAUGAAAUCGAAGAGAGAUAAGUUGGAGGUGAGAGUUGCGGGCCGAGUGUGUUGACACAGUUGGAGCUGCUUCAUACUGCUGACAGGGCCUUCCGCCAUCCCCUCACCCGUCAUCUGCCUAGCGAAGAGUGAUGACCUCACAGCAGCAUGGGAAUGCCAACCCUGCCCUCCUCUCGCCACAGAACUCUUCAUCAAGUCAGGGCAGGCAACACAUUUCUCGUUCCCCGAUAGACUCGUAUUCCCGCUCCGGGCUUUCCUCUCCUCGGAGAGGCUGGGUUGCAGCGUCCUCAUCCACAACAGCUCAUGGUAACUCUCUUGCGCUCUCUCUAAGCCGAUUGGCUCCGGCGUCCUGCAGUAUUUCCUCCUCGUCUCGGAAACCUGCGUCCGGCCGGGUGGAGCCGUGGCCGGAGGAGGCUGUGGAUGACGCAUAUGGGCUUUACUCUCUUCACCGCAUGUUUGAUAUUGUGGGCGCGCAGCUGACGCACCGUGACGUACGUGUGCUGUCCUUCCUUUUUGUGGACGUUAUUGACGAGUACGAGAGAGGAGGGAUACGGAGCGGGCGGGAUUUCCUGCUCGCCCUGGAGCGUCAGGGGCGAUGUGACGAGACAAACUUCCGGCAUGUUCUUCAGCUGCUCCGCAUCAUCACUCGACAUGACUUGCUGCCGUACGUCACGUUGCGCAAGAGACAGACAGUGUGCCCAGAUCCAGUGGAUAAAUACCUGGAGGAGACGUCAGUCCGUUAUGUUUCUCCCAGAGGAGCAGGAGAAGCCCAGCAGGGAACUCCUCACAGAAGAACAGGACCCCAGCCAUUGAUCUGCUGUCCUCCAUCAGGACCCCAGGUAUGCCCACCCCGUGCUAAACCAACCCCACCUCCGCCGAGCAGGAAAAGGAAGAGAUCUCACACGACAGCUGACUCCAGAGAAAAACAGACCUGUGACAUACGACUGAGGGUGCGUGCGGAGUACUGUCAGCACGAGUCGGCUCUACAAGGAAACGUCUUCUCCAACAAGCAGGAGGCGCUGGAGAGGCAGUUUGAGCGGUUCAACCAGGCCAACACCAUCCUCAAAUCCCGUGACCUGGGUUCCAUUAUAUGUGACAUCAAGUUCUCAGAGUUGACCUACCUGGACGCCUUCUGGCGGGACUACAUCAACGGCUCACUAUUGGAAGCCCUGAAGGGCGUUUUCAUCACGGACUCUCUGAAGCAGGCAGUAGGCCACGAGGCCAUUAAGCUCCUGGUGAACGUGGAUGAGGAAGACUACCAAGCUGGCAGGAGGAAGUUACUGAGGAACCUGGUGGCGGGAGGUGCCGGUGCAGGGACGGGGAGCAGGGAGGGUCCCUUGUCCUAGUGGUGGGAUUGACUCGAGAAAGAAAUGGGAUUGCUACUUUUUGGAGAGGUGAGAUGAGUAUUCUCAAAGUGACAGUAGAACAGAUGAAGACGGAGCACUUUAUUUUUUACUCUCUCUCAAGUAUUUCACCUAUUGUAACCAUAUAUAGUAAUACACCAUUCCAAAAUGUAGGCGACAUUCGGCAUCAUCAGCCAUCUUGUCGCAUUAUGACUCUUGAUUUUUUAAUAAUUUUAUUUUUGUUGACCAUGCCGGUGGUUGUGUUAAGUGAAAUAUUUAAGUGCAAAAUAGACAGCUGGUUCAUUCAAUGUCUGUACAAAUCAAUAAAACAAACUGAAAAAUACAAUCUGUUGCAGUUCCUUUUUUAAAAACAAAAAUAUCCUGUUAGCAACACAUUACUUGACCAAAUGUAUUUGUAUGAUGUGUGUAAUUUUAUGUAUACUUAUGAAGCCAUUCAUAGAUUAAUUUUUCCAAAAACUGCAAAUGCUGGCUCUGUGGCGUUCUCAAAACAUUGCCCUGUUUGUCUGAACUGCCUGACCUAGUAACAUUCUCAACCAAAAGUUGAGAAGAUUACCCAUGUUUUUAAACCAUGGCAGAUAAGGGGACGUUUUGGGAAAGUUGUUUAGAAACUGCAAUCUUGCAGAAAUAUACAAUGUGAUUUAAUAUCACCUCAAAGAAGUUAUCCAAU